AUGUUCAUCCUCUUAAUCACGUUGUUUCUUUCGACACGUUCCCGAGUGAUUUCACUUUUCACUCCGAACUAUAACAACAUGACACUUUCUGUUCAACAAGAAGGAUUGGACUACAUUCGACAACAGCAAACAAUUAUUCCGAUAACAGUUGUUGGCUCUCGCAAAUCGGGGAAGUCCUUUUUAUUAAACUCGAUAACAAAAGUGAAUGGCUUUUCAUUGGGCCACGACGACAUGCCGAAGACAAAAGGUGUUGAGUUUUUAGCAAAGGAAGUGAAGUAUGGCGACCAUACAGCUCUCUUUUACGACACCGAAGGACUUUCCAGUAACCCUCUUGGGUUUGACAAGAACUUAGUGUUGUUUGGUGUGAUGGGGUCAUCACAUUUAAUAGUCAACGUUAAAAAUGAGAUAUUGUUUAGUGAUGUGUUGUCGCUGUCAGUCAUCUCGAAACUUGCGGACUACUACAACAAACACAAAGUCCCCAAUUUCAAGUUUCCACGACUCACAUGGGUGGUUGAAGAUUACCACCAAAUCAACUCGAUCAAAAAGGAGAACCUCCUCUUCGACUAUUUUUUGAGUGAGAAACCAAAUCCAGAGCACAACGCGAUGAUCACUGAAUACAACGAAAUAGUUAGAGUCUUAAAACAACUCUUUCCGAUACAACGGCUCUUCUUGUUACCUGAGCCUAUCGACGAUUUGUAUCGAUUCACGAAUUUGGACCAAAUUCGGUAUAAUGCACUGAACGAAAAUUAUGUGAAAGAGACGACUGAGUUGAGGGAGUACAUUCAAAGGACUGAACCUUUCCAAUUACGAGGUAUUGUCACGGGCGACCAAUAUGCAAAUUAUGUGGAAAACGUGCUGAACGAGGUGAUGAAAGAAGAGAUCAGUCCAUUAAAAUUACACAUUGUGGAACACUUUGGGGAGAGCGUUGUGAAAGAGUCGUUGAGUCUGUUUGCGAAAAGGAUGGAAGCAAUCCACUUACCUACUGAGCUCUCAUAUCUCCAUGAGAAGAAGCUCUUCUACGCGAAUGAGUCGCUUGUGUCUUAUGAGGCUGGAAUGGACGGAUUUCUCGAGAUGAGCACGUACAACUCUCUAAGAACGAAUUUACUGCGAGAGAUUGAGAGGAAGUUCAAAGAGAUAGUGAUGGGGAAUGAAAAAGCGUCACAUGUAUUUAACAACGAGGUUUUGGAGGAGUCGAUGGCGAUGAUAGAGGGGAAGAAAAAGUCGGAGGCGAUUGCAAUGAAAGACGUGAUGAUGACACAUUACGACAAAUACUCUGUUGGCCCGACUAAGGAGUUCUAUCACAAAAUGCUCCAACAACACUUGGACUUAAUCACUGAUGACAUGAGGUGGGAUGUACUCAUCGGAUGCUUGUUGUGCUUUGUCAUCAGUUUCUUAUUGGUCCGAUUUGCUAAAAUAGGGUUUGUGAAAGCAGUACUGUUGUGCGUGUUUGUGUUUGGAGGUAUUUCGGUGAUGAUGGCGUUUUCUGUGUGGAAGCUCUCCAUUCUAGAAACUAUCCAGAUGAUGUACUUUGCUGUCACUGGAUUGUCUGAAACCCAAAUUUUUGUUGUUGCGUCGUCGUUUUGCUGCCUCUUCUUCUUUUCUUUGUUUUGA